AUGACAGCAGCUUCGAUUCCCGCCCGUCUCGGCGAACGACCCGUCGUGGAGAGCUCCGUUGUAGCGCAACUCGCGAAGACCGUCUUAACACCACUCUCUGGUCUUCCAUUCCUUGCUCAAAUUUUCAUCGGCACCCUCGCCCUGCUAUCAGGAUGGAUGCUAUACAACCUCACGAUAUCACCACUCUCCCGUUAUCCGGGCCCUCUCUCCGCCCGACUCGGCAUUCCCUUCUGGCGUUUCUGGCACACGCUUCAGGGCAACUAUGCACCCGCGCUCUACGCCCUCCACAAGCAACACGGUGAUGUGGUGCGCAUUGGGCCCACCCACCUUUCUUUCGCCGAUCCAGCUGCGAUGAACUCGAUCUACAGCCUUUCUGAUGGCACAUCGAGCAAGUUCCGCAAGUCCAACUUCUACCGUUCAUUCCAAGUCUUCAAGUCGCAUCCAUCCAUUUUCAGCGAACGCGACCCUCACCGGCACAGCAAGCGCCGUCGCGCCGUCGCAAGUGCCUACAGCAUGAACAGCCUGGUCAAGCUUGAAGAGUACGUCGAAGACGUCACCGAGCUGCUACUCAAGCGUCUGGAUGAGCUUGUUGAAACUCAGGCCGUCAGCAAUGAUGGGGAAAAGACCAAGGCUAUCCGAUUGGAUCCUUGGUUCCACUACUUUGCCAUGGACGUCGUUGGCGAGCUGGCCUUCGGUCAGUCCUUUAACCUCCUGCAUCGAGGCAAAGACGACGAGAGGUUCUUGACCGGUGUGCUCAACCUUUCGCAAUGGGGAGCUGUCGCCGGUUGCUUGCCGCUGUUUUCGGCAUGGAUCUUGUGGCUGUUCCCUCGAGUCACUGGACAGCCUGGCGGAAGUGUCAUUGGUGACAAGACCACUUCCAGGAUUCAGACUCGCUACGCAGAAGUCCAAGACAACGACGGCAUGGCAUCUCGUCCGGACAUGCUGACCAAGUUCAUGGAAGCUCGAGACCCGGACACGAAAGAGAAGCUGUCCAUGAAACAGGUACUCUUCACCGCAUCUUCCGUCAUGUCAGCUGGCUCGGACACCACCGCCACCUCUCUCACCAUCUUCUUUGGCUAUCUUCUCGACAAUCCACCAUGUUACACUAAAUUGCGUCAAGAAAUCAAUGAUGCUGCUGACUCUGGUCAACUUUCUUCCCCAGUUAAGUACGCCAAAGGAGCACAGCUGGAAUAUUUGCAAGCGUGUAUCAAGGAAGCACUUCGCCUUUCUCCUCCCAUCUCGAUGGAUCUUCCUCGUUACGUUCCUUCUGGCGGCGCCAUCAUCGGGCGUAAUCCAAACCCUAUACCAGCUGGCACGACAGUCGGCAUCAGCCCAUACAUUCUUCAUCGCAACAAGGAAGCAUUCGGAUCCGACGCUGAGAUCUACCGUCCCGAGAGAUGGCUCGAAGGUGGUGAAGACGGCAGAAAAGCAACGGAGCGCUAUAACAUGACUUUUGGCGGCGGAUCGAGGGCUUGCAUCGGCAAAAACAUCAGCUUGAUGGAGCUCUCAAAGAUCAUUCCUGAGAUUUUACUCAGGUAUGACAUCAAGAAGCCGAUUGUCGCACCCGCAGUGCAGAGGCAUGGCGCGACCGCUGGCCUUGGAAAGAGCGCAAAACAGCCGUCGUUCCAGGGAAGAAGCUGCUGGUUCCUUGAAGCACAUAAUCUUUAUGUUGAGCUUGUACCACUCAACACAGUCUAA